ACUUAGUUUAUUUAUUUAGCAAGAAGAUUUUGUUGGUGCAAUUCAAUUAUGUUCACAAUGUGAAAAUACUGUUCUUCAUUAUAAAGAAUAUCAAUGUAUAGGAGAUCUUCCAACAAAACUUCAAGAUACAUUAGAUUUUAUUGAAGAAUCAAUUGAUGUAACAUUAGCUAAACUUUGUUCAAAUUUUAAUCCACAUACAUAUCAAUGUUUAUUAAAUGCAUAUCGUUUACUUGGAAAAUCAUUAACAUUUAUGGAUCAAUUACAAAUGCAUUUUGUUAAUGUUGUACAAACACGUACAUUAGAAAUUUUAUUAAAAACUAUUGGAUUAACAAAUAAUGAUCAAAAUUUAUCUUCUUAUAUUGAUUUAUGCAAAAUGAUUCCAGAAGAAUCAUUUUACAGUUGUUUGCAUGAACUUAAUGUAUGCUUUUGGCAAAUAAUUAAAUCUUAUAAAUUAAUUUGGCUUUGGCAUGAAAAAAAUCCUGCAUCAAUUGAAGCUACAAAAGAUGAUAGACCAGAACCAAGUCAAGAUUUUCUUAUUCAAAAACUUGAAAGUGGAUCAAGUCGUUUAUGGCAUGAAAUUCAACAAAAAAUGAAAACAUUUAUACUUGAAAAUAAUAAUAUAAUACAUUUUAAAUUUGAAUCAUUUAUACAAGUACUUAAAGUUAUUAAUCGACUUAUGGAAAUCGGUGAACAAUUUUGUCAAAGUGAUUCUAGUAUACUUCAAGAAGCUAUGCGUCGACAAAGUGUAGUUUAUUUUCGUUCAUAUCAUAAUGGUCGUUUAGAUGAAUUAAAAAUGUUUCUUGAAAAUGAAAUUUGGCAACGAUGUCCAGUUAAAUCAACCUUUCAUAUAACUCAAUUACAUGAAUUUCGAUUUCUACGUGAAACAUCAUCAUUUUCAUCGGAUUUAACAACUUCAACAUCAUUUAAUCAAAAAUCUGAUCUUGAUUUAUUUGAUCGAUAUUUAUAUACUGAACGUGAACAUCCAUUUGAUCUUGAUCAAACACAAAUAACAAUAUCAUCUUCACCAUCACAAUAUAGUGAUACGAAUUCUUUUGAUGUUGAUGAUGGAAAUAUUCUCAAUGGAAAUUCUUAUAAUGAAAAAAAAUUUCGAUCAAAUUCAAAUUCAACAACUGAUUCCGAUAUUGAAAAUGAUGAUAAUGAACGAAAACGUUCUUCGAUUCAUCAUAAUCAUUCUCGAUAUCAUGAUGAAAAAAAUGGAUCAAAUAUUGUUACAAAUACAACUUUAAAUGUAACCAGAUUAUUUGGUCGAUAUAUGGAAAUGAUCGAAAUGCUUAAACCUAUUGCAUUUGAUGUUAUUAUUUGUAUGACACAACUUUUUGAUUAUUAUCUUUAUACAGUUUAUACAUUAUUUGCUUGUGAUAUGAAUGAAAUUCCCGUUGAUGCCUUAAGUAGUCAAUUAAGAUUUAUAAUCAAACGAAUUAGUGAUAAUUUAGUUGCUAAUGUAAGAAGAAAUAUAUUAAUCAA